AUGGCCCCGAUCUCCAUCGCAGAUAUUGUUGCGGCCCUCCCCGCGGAGGACACCUGGGGUCCUGUCACCUCGGCGGACAACAUGCUUGAUGGCGUGCCCUACGCUCCUUUCUCCAAGGGUGACAAGCUAGGCCGCAUGGCUGAUUGGACUGCUGACUCCAAAGACCGUGACCGUGGCGGUCGUCAGGCAUACAACCGCAACUACAGAGAUCAACAAGUAUAUGGAGCUGGCUCUUCUAGCCUCUUCGCCGUUCAAGUUGCCGAAGACGAAUCUACUUUCUCCGUGGUUGACAACACUCGCACUUCCGCUAAGCGCACCUUUGGCCGGGGCGGUGGCACCGUCUUCCGUGGCCGUGCCCAGCGCGGCGGCGCGGGCCAGAGAGGCGGCCGUGCUGGCUUCCAGCGUGUUGGUGCUGGUCGUGGCCAAGGUGGUGACCGCUACUACGACAACCGUGGCGCCCGCGGCAACCGGGGUCGUCGCUUCGGAUGGAAAGACUACGAUAAGCCGCAGAGGACUCGCGAGCCUUCAGUCAACAUUCGCCCUGAUUGGUCUAUGCUCGAGGAGGUUGACUUCAACCGCUUGUCCAAGUUGAACCUACAGGCACCCGAGGGCGAGGAUGUCGACACGUACGGAUUCCUCUACUACUACGACCGUUCCUACGACAAGGCCCCUGUCAAGAACGCCGAGCGCCGACUGCAGGCUCUCGACCGCGCUGCGUACAACGUCACCACGUCGCAGGAUCCCGUUAUCCAGGAAUUGGCCGAGAAGAACCAAGCCACCAUCUUCGCUACCUCCGAUAUCCUCUCCAUGCUCAUGUGUGCUCCUCGCAGCGUGUACUCUUGGGAUAUCGUCAUCGUUCACCAGGGCAACAAGAUCUACUUCGACAAGCGUGAGGGCGCUUCGUUGGAUUUGGUGACUGUCAACGAGAAUGCCGCCGAUGCGCCCCUUGAGGUCGCCGAAUCCUCCGGCAAGCAGGAGUCAAUCAACACUCCCAGCGCUCUCGCUCUGGAGGCUACUUUUAUCAACCACAAUUUUGCUCUCCAGACUGUUGUGGAGGCUAACAACGCCAAGGUCGACUUCAACCACCCCAAUCCCUUCUACAACGCCGAAGAGGAGACCGAGCCUCUUGCCUCUAAGGGCUAUAAGUACCGCCGCUUCGAUCUCUCUCUGGAGAGCGAUGAGGAGCCUCUUAACAUGAUCGUCCGUACUGAGGUUGACGCCCUGGUCAAGAACCCCGUCAACGGCGAGGAUCAGCAAUUGGUCGUCAAGGCUCUUAACGAGUUCGACAGCAAGGCCCAGGGCUCUGGUGGCUCCCUGGACUGGCGCAGCAAGCUCUACUCUCAGCGCGGUGCGGUCGUCGCUACAGAGAUGAAGAACAACAGCUGCAAGCUUGCCCGCUGGACAACGCAAGCCAUUCUCGCAAAGGCUGAUGGAAUGAAGCUUGGUUUCGUGUCUCGUGCCAACCCCCGUUCAGCCGCCGCUCACGUCGUCUUGGGUGUUGCGGGAUACAAGCCCCGCGAAUUCGCUGCUCAGAUGAACCUCAAUCUCGGCAACGGUUGGGGUAUCGUGCGCACGAUCGUCGAUCGCAUCCGUGCCCUUGAUGCGGACGAGGAGGAGGACAAGGUCACCAAGUACAUCUUGGUUAAGGACCCCAACCGUCCUGUCCUCCGUCUGUACAGUGUUCCCGCCAACGCGUUCGAGGAAGACGAUGAGGCUGCUGAGGAAGAGCAGGAAGCAAAGGGUGAAGUUGAGGAGGCAUGAAGUAAUGAAUGCGUUCUUUUGCAGAGAUUUGAGAUAUCAUAUGUUUAAGUGCCUUUCAUGUGCAUAUUCAAAAGUACUAGAU